UCGAAACAGAAUCACCCCUCUCUAAAACUACCUGUGUGAAAUAACGUAGAAUAUUUAGUAUUGGAAAUUGUUUGAGCAAUUAAGUGAGGAUGAGGAAGUUUGUAGUGUUGGCCACUGCUGCAGUGAUGAUUUUGUUGGGUCCGGCGCAAGCAGUCCGCCGAAAGUUGAUCAAACAAGCACAUUACGGUGACCAACAUCCAUUACAAUUCCUCUUCCAACAUCAUCAAAUAGUGGGGCCUAAUAUGUGCGCGGUCGAGUACGUACCAGAACUGAGUUGGACCUUCCAUACAGAUUCAGAACAGUGGCUUCGUCGGAAUGUUUGCGGCUUCAAGACACAAGUUCACUUUGAAUGUUGUGAGGGGUACACGACCGUCUACAGAUUGACGGGCUGCAGCGGUGUUCUCGCUUUGAGGGACAUCUUGAAAACGGCUCGCUCAAUGGGAGCAGGCCUUUUCGUUGACUAUUUUCUUCGGGCACCAACGGCUCGCGAGACACUCAUGAAAGCGGCCGCUGACGGAGCUGUAACUCUGUUUGUUCCUUCGGACGAAGCCAUUCGUACAAUGAGUACUGAAACGCGUCUUGUUUUCGAAAGUAAUCUUCACCGAAAUCUGCUGUACCACGCUCUACCUGGCAGAGUACACAUAAAGGACCUUCCAGAAGGAGAUACCACUCUGAGAUCAUUAGAUGGAUACCAAACACCGCUGCGGAUCUUGCGGUCUUCGAAUCAGGUGGACACGGUCAAUUGUCACUUAAUCACACGCAAAGAUCAUCGAGCCACGAACGGCGUGGUGCACGUUAUCGGCGCCGUACUUAAUCCGUUAGCCUCAAGUGACGCCACGUUGCUAAGUGUUCUCAGCGCCGACCAUCGGUUCAGCGAGCUAUACCAAUUAUUGUCGAAAGUGCCUGAAUUGGUCGAUCUCCUCCGCGAUCCGCGUGCCACUCUAAUGCUGAUGGCUCCUACAAAUGAGGCUUUCCAAGCUAUGGACCCUUCUAAGCUCAUCAGAAUUCAGCAUGAUUAUACCCUUGCCAAGCAAUUUCUCCAACUUCAUCUGGUGCUCCACCCAAUGUGUGCACCUGCCAUAAUCGAAAAACACCGAGUGCGCACUGUCGGCGGAACCAGGAUCACAAUUAGUUGCGACCGACAAGGUGUGUCGGUAAACGAUCAUCAGACACGCUUUCUUCAGGAUUAUCGUUUUGCCAACAACGGUUUCAUUUCCGUCGUAAGCAAGGUCAUCGUUCCAGAUCCGGUUCGAACCGUGUGGGAUUUGAUGGUUCGUCGCGAUCUUUCUCUAUUCACUGACGCUGUUCGCCGCCACGGUCUUGAACACUACUUCAGCGAUUCUACUAUAACUGUAUUUGCGCCCAACAACGAUGCUAUCCGGAGCUGGGCUCGGCAGCAUGGGGCAUAUUAUGACGAUCAACUGUACCAAUUGGCGCUACGUGAAUUCAUUUAUAAUCAUUUCGUCUAUGGUCAGAAGAUCACUACGGCCCAGUUUAUUGACGGAAAAGCUCUUUACUCAUUCAAGCGGUCCUCCACUAUCAGAAUGAAGGUCGCAAGAAAGUGGUACGGCGUAGAUCUCGCUAAACUCGUUGAAUCAGACAUAAGGGGCUCGAACGGAGUGCUCCAUAUUAUUGAUCGAGUACUCACGCCUCGACGCAUACAUUUUAGAGAUUGGAUCACUCGCGACGAGGCAGAUAAUACAAUUAAUCGGCAGUUCGUCAAGCUGAUCCGCCGUUCGCGUGGAGUCAUGGAAGAGCUCGAGAACCUUGGAUCGAGCAAUACUACAGCCAGCAGCGUCACCAUCUUUGCCCCAGAGGACGAAGCAUUUGAAAGUUGGAAUGUAAACGAAGUUCUCAACACGGCACAAAAAAUCGAGCAUUUUGUUCGAGGACACAUUGUUCAUGACGAGAUACCCCUCCAGACGAUGUCGCCUAACAUGACCUAUUUCUACUCAACUGAGAACCGCGACCCGCUCCAGGUGCGAAACGAAGACGGCGGCCAAACGACGUCUGUAAAUGGAGCGAGUGUUGUACACGCCGACACGCUCUUCAUCGAUGGAGUUCUGCACGGUAUAGAUAGAUUUCUCAUUGACGCCUCCGCAAUGCAAGUCGCUGGCCGUAAAGUCCACAGCGCCAAUAACGUUCGUAAACGCAAUCGAACCUAGACGAAUGCCAUGGCUCAGAACACCGAACAGGAAUACAAGAAGCUGCCAUAGCCCAUUUUAAAGCCUGUCAUUAUAAUUAGCAUCCGACGGAGGAAGGAAGUCUGUCAAGCACGCGUCAGAACGGCGUUUACUGCGUGGGAAAAUACAUUUGAAUUGCUCGAAAGAUAUUACAGUUUUUUGCUUAUUAUAUUUACGGGUUUGUUACCAGUUAGGUGUUACCUCUGCCGUAGUAUUUUUUUAAUAAAGCGGAGAUUUGUUUAGAGACGACGCUUUCUUAUCUACUCUCGAAAAACGCAUAUCUCCAUUAGCUAGUUUGGCUGCAUUGUUUAAGAUAUAGCAGACGCAUUUUUAUUUGUAAAGUGUUAAAAUUAAAGGACAAAUUCACAUUCGAUUCAUUAUACAAAAGCGUGAUUUAAAAAAUGGGUCUAUGUCAAUUCUCAUAUGCUGUUAGACGUAUGUCUUUGCAAAGGACGCAUUCAUUGUACUGUUAUUACAUGAUAAAUUGUCGUCUAGUCUCUAGACUUAGCUCAAGUAAGCAUGUUACAAUUUUUGUAAACAAAAAGAAUACUGACUGGAACGUACGUUGUUAUUUGUGUCAUUUCCUUCAUGUAACGUAAAGAAAAAAAAACAGCUAGUCAAUAUAGCCGUCAUUUUGAUUUGUUGAGAUGACGAAUUUCGAUGUUUAUUGGGCUUCAUUGGCUGGUUUGUGGCAUAUGUGGCAUAUAGCUGCACCAUGCCGUCAGGGACAAAAAGGCCAAAACUUUAGGUGGGUAGUGGCGCUGAAAGAGAACAAACAUAUAUAUACUGUGUAUCAUUUAUUGUAGCGUUACGAUUGCUGCCAUUACGCCUUGUGAUUAUUGUCGGAGCUGUGUACAUGCAUGUACACCCCCGUGCUUUAGAGACGUUGCACUUACCUUUCUAGAACGACAAAUAACUUUGUAUCUGAGAUAAUAUAUAUGCAAAGUGUGAUAUUUGACGAAUGAUCUAACAGUGAAUCAAAUAUACUUCUAGGAAUUCUGUGUACCAACGUUAUCGUUUGUUACUUCCCGGCUACAAAACACGUCAUUCAUGAGGCGGAACGUACAAUUUCACUUCUAAACUGUUGCCAAGGCCUUUUGUGAAAGAUCGAGUCGUUCCGUUAGUCGACCAGAUCAGAUUCCUGAAACUUCUGUCACAUAAAACAGGAUUUUACGUUAUGUCGUAAUCGACAAAUAGCCGUCUAGAUCGUGAUUCAAUUAGUACGCUACUUGGGCUUCCUCUUCGUCAAAUUUAAAAACACCUUUAUUAAGCGAAAAGCAUACCUUACAAUUUGUGCGGUAGAACUUCACCUGUCAUGUACUAUAUUUGAUAUGGCGAUAUAUUAUAUUUAUCGAUUAAUUGCAGGCCUUUAGUUUUCGUAUCAUUUUAGCAGUUUUCAAAAUCGCGGUACAAGGACACGAGAAAAACUCUCGCUGUGCGGUUACUUAUUCAGAGUCCUAGGGCGGAAAGAAAAUAUACUGCACUUUUUUUUUAAAGCGCGAUAAAAUCAUAAAAAAGUGAAUCAGAAGUCUGUGAAUAGACGAUCAACCGUUCUUGCCACGAAGCUGAAAUUCCGACACACGUUCUCAAUAAUUAGAUUCGUUAUUAAAAAGGUUUUACACUCUGAAUUGCCAGCAACCGUUCUAUAGGGUAAUCGUCGCCUAUGUGUAUGAAUAGU